AAAGAGAUUCAAGCCAUGAGCCAGUGUAGCCAUCCAAACGUAGUCACCUACUAUACUUCAUUCGUUGUCAAGGAUGAGCUCUGGCUGGUCAUGAAGCUCCUGAGUGGAGGAUCAGUGUUAGACAUCAUAAAGCACACGUUCAACAAAGGAGAGCAUAAAAACGGUGUUCUAGAUGAAUCCACGAUAGCAAGCAUUCUGAAGGAAGUACUGGAGGGAUUAGAUUAUCUACACAAAAACGGGCAGAUUCACAGGGACGUGAAGGCUGGUAAUAUUCUUCUGGGAGAAGAUGGAUCGGUGCAGAUCGCAGAUUUCGGUGUGAGUGCUUUUCUGGCCACCGGUGGAGAUGUCACAAGACACAAAGUGAGGAAGACGUUUGUUGGGACUCCCUGCUGGAUGGCACCAGAAGUGAUGGAGCAGGUACGAGGUUACGACUUCAAAGCUGACAUUUGGAGUUUUGGAAUCACUGCCAUUGAACUCGCAACAGGCUCUGCGCCGUACCAUCGAUACCCUCCUAUGAAG